AUGUUACACCCAAUUCUUGAUGUUAGCAAUUUUAAUAUUGUUCUUACUGUUUUAAGCCUCUAUAUCCUACUUUUCGGCUAUAUAUCUCUACAAUUCAAGCAAAGAUGGUAUCUGGGUGAAGCCCUCCCCGCAUUUCUUGUUGGCAUCUCUUUUGGACCUUUCGGCACCAAAUUUCUAAAUAUUUCACAAUGGGGAGGAGAGGAAGCUGAAGAGCGCAGUGAAAUCACAUAUGCCUUGACGCGCUUGGUUAUCGGGAUCCAAUUAGUUAAAGUCGGAUACCAAUUGCCAAAGCGAUAUAUCAAGCAGCGCUUCAUCGAACUUACCAUCUGUUUACUUCCCCUCAUGGGGAUAGGGUGGGUUAUAACAUCUUCAUGCAUCAUGCUCAUGGUUCCUAACAUCUCAUUUCUCGCCGCGCUGAUCAUCGGCUCAUGCGUAACAUGCACUGAUCCUGUUCUAUCGCAAGCAAUUGCCAAAGGUCCGUUUGCUGACAAGUACGUCCGUCGGCAUCUCCGUGAAUUCAUUUCUUCCGAGGCUGGUGGAAAUGAUGGGUUCGGGUUUACCUUUCUCUUACUGGCCGUCUCGCUCUUACGGUACGCUGAGACUCCUGCAAAUACCGAAAGUUUAAAGGAAUUUGAUCUGGUUCGGGGAAUUUCAGACGUACUCGGCGCCUCUGAUGUCGGUCGCUUUGGCGGAGGUGUUGGAGCCACCUAUGGUGCUCUGAUAGGGUUUGUGUCUCGCAAACUAUUGGUCAUAGCCCUGAAGAGGAAAUGGAUUGAGAACGAGAGCCUCUCUCUUGUACCGAUGGCUAUUGGCAUGCUAGUCGUCGGCACUUGCGGUUGCGUUGGCUCAGACGAGACCCUUGCAUGCUUCAUCGCCGGGAGUUUCUUGAAUUGGGAUGGCAUGUACAACUCCGAGAUGCAAGCUCGUCAUGACACUUUUAAUCCUACACUCGAAACCCUCUUGAACUUCGGCACCUUCAUGUACCUCGGGGCCGUCAUGCCGUGGGAACAAUUUCAUAUGCCCCACAACACUGGAAUCACACUCCCGCGGCUAUUUGGCUUGGGCUUUUUGAUUCUAGUCCUUCGUCGGAUCCCAACAAUCCUACUCGGAUACCGAUUCAUACCUGCCGUCUGUAAUGGCUGGACUGAAGCUUUAUUCAUGGGUUACUUUGGCCCGAUCGGUAUUGGCGCAAUCUCAUAUGUAGAAUACGCCCGUCGACUCUUCCCCGAACCCGGCGAAAGCGACAGUGAGAUCAAUAACUUAACCGCAACCAUGACACCCGUCGUAUACUGGCUCGUCCUCUUCUCUAUCCUCGUUCACGGCUUAUCCGUCCCUAUCCUUAACGCAUUUUACAAACUCUGCAACGUGCCGUACAUAUGCGACCACCCCGUAGAAGUCCUCCUCCUCUCGGACACCGAGCCCCUCCCCAACAACAGCACGGCGAAUCGCGCACGACACUCAGUGAUGGUCAACAAUCGCUUCUCACGACCCCCAGAUAGCGACGACGGGACAGACAACGGUCAACCAGAAGACGACACAGCAGCGAUCCUCAGAAGAAGUGAAGACAGCGCUGGCACAGACGAUGAUCGACCAGACUCACGAAACACAAUACAGAUGAUAGAUCGAGCAGUUGACACAAGAGAUAUAGUAUAG